CUGUCACUGUGUGCCGCGCGUUACAUCAAAACCUAAUUUUUUCAAACGAAAACCACCCAAGAACACAAAAUGGAAACUGGCGAACAUGAAAUGGCACCAGUCUCACUAAACUUCAAUAAAACCCUGGAUAUAUUAAAGAACAACAUAAAAGCACGUCAAUCAUUGAUGCAAUCAUAUUGUAGCACGCGUGAACCCCCUUUAAUCCUGAAACCAACUGGAUGGGCCACUCUACCAUCAAAUAUCCUCACAAAAAUCUUCCAGUAUGUCGAUCGUCACCAUCUUAUUACCUAUUGUACAUUGGUGUGCAAGUUUUGGCGACGUGCAAUCAUGUGCGAGUGUUUUAUCACUUCGCUUACAAUCGCCAACAACGAAGCAAGCCUAUCAUUCGUCUACAACUUUCUACGAGAGUUUAAAACAUUGCAAACACUCACUUUAAUCAAUGUGCCUGACAUAGAAGUGAUACUCAUGCAGGCACACAAAGUCUGCUCGAAUUUGAAGAAGAUUUCACUUAAAAACUACAAAUAUAUCUCUUACAAUGUCAUUGCAUACAUUAGCAGAGCAUUCCCGAAACUGGAAGGAUUAAAUUUUGAUUCUUCCAACUUGCAUUGUCACAAUAUAUCAACAGAUAUAGUUGUGUUUAAGAAUUUAAAGAGUUUGAAUCUUUUUAAUGUCAAAGCAAUGGGUUUAAGCACCCAAGCAAUACUGGAAAUUGUCCUCAACUGCACACAACUUGAAGAAUUGAAUAUAGGACUAUGUCCACCAUUGGUAAACCUGCAGGAUGACGAUGUGAUGAUGGUGAUUACGAAUCUCGCCGCGAAAUUAACAUCAUUAUCGCUGGAUUCGCGUCGAUUGACAAUGCGAUCGCUACAAAAACUCCAAAAUUGCAAACUGUUGCGUCGCAUUUAUAUAAAGUACGGCGUUAAUUUAACCGGCGACUUCUUAUCGGAGUUCUGGACGAAUUUCUACUCGAUUGAUGAGUUUGCCUUCACUCACAAUUGUAUCAUCAGCGGUUAUGAUGUGAGCGCAUUAUUCCAGAAUGGCGUAAAUGUAUUCAUCGAUUUGCGACUAUUGGAUCUGACUUAUUGUGUCAAAGUAUGCGAUAUUGGUAUCGAGGCGAUAGCGGCAAUCUGCCGCAAACUACAAAAAAUCAUAUUGAAAUCAUGCCGGAGUGUAACUAACAUAACACCAUUGUUCACGGAAUGCGCAGAAUUGCGAUUUAUUGAUGUUUCAUACUGCACAGCAUUGCGAACAAACUUUACACUGCCGAAACAAUUGGAGGUGUUGGUUAUUGACGAGCGUAACGAGCUGAUGUAUUUUGUAGAAAAGUUUCGGACAAUGAAAUAUUUAAAAAUGUAUCUGUCCACAUCGGAAUUUAAUGACAGUUUGGAACCAUUUUAGAUAAUAAAUGAAAAGCGAGUGUGAAUUGAAGAAAUUACUUGAUGUACAUAAUAAAAUUGUAUAAUUUG